AUGUCUACUCUCAUGGCAACACCGAUAGGUGCCUCAUUAAGAGCUCGCCGUUAUCGACAACAACCGAGAAUAAAUGAAAUCAAAGAUGAGGAUGAUCUAAGACAAAGAGCACGAACAAUUAAACAUCGCGCUACAACUAUCAAUGUUCCGCCAACACUUUCCUCAACACCUUCCUUAGAACAAUCACCGUCUGCACACAUCAGUCCAACCAUUUAUAUCUAUAAUAGUGAUUCAUUAGAAACUCCCUCUUAUACAUCGAUAUCAAACAUUCGACCUAUUCGUGCUGAUGAACGUCUAUGGAUUGAUGUACCUACUAUUCAAGAUCACGAUUUAAUAUCAAAUAUUGGCAAACGAUUUGAUAUUCAUCCGUUAGUUCUUCAAGAUAUUGCAACAGAAGAUCAACGCGCAAAAUUGGAUACAUUUGAUAAUGCUUUAUUUCUUGUUGCUAAAGUUAUUUUCAAUGACAAUACUUCGGAGAAGACAUGCGUUGAUCAAAUUUGUUUUUAUUUAAAAGAAAAUGUUUUGAUCACAUUUCAACAGCAGCCCAAGGAUAUUUUCGAUCUAGUCAAAAAUCGAAUUUGUCUAGACAGAGGCCGUGUUCGUCGAUCUAACAUCGAUUAUCUAUUCUAUCUCUUAUGCGAUACGAUUGUUGAUCGAUACAUGGAUGUUUUAGAUCAAGUUGGUAGAAAGAUCGAAGCUAUCGAACAUCAUCUCAUGCAAAAAACAUCCCGUGACACACUCGAAACAAUCUAUGAUCUCAAACAAAGAAGAAGAAACACAAAUCAUUCAGGAGAGCACCAUCAUCUACUUGAAGGAUCUAUUCGACCAUGUUGUGCAAGUCAACGACACGAUCGAUGCGUAUCGUGA